AAGAAAACCUCUUCUCAGGGGCUUCCAAUUUAUUCGUAAUUCUGGAUUUCUGUCUUUGUUUGAUUCAUCUUCUGUUGUUCAGUAAUGUGUUUAGAUAAAACUGUUUUUUUUUUAGUGGUUUAUUUUAUACUCUUGUCUAUUGGGAUUGAUUUGGACAAUACAUAUAUACCCUUUUUGCUUAUGUAUCGCAACAACAUGUCUAUGCAAUAAAUUUAGAAAUUUUAACUUCUUUUUUUUUUUUGGAUUAAAAGGAAUUUCCAUUAACCUUGAAUAAAAUUAUAAAUCAGUGUUGGAGCAAUGAUCUUGCAAUGCUUUUCACUGCAGCUUGAUGUAUCAGUGAAGGUUCAACGGCCUUAGAUUUAUUUUUAGACCACAAAUUUCAAAACCACAACAUUUUGGGGGUAAAUAUUCGGGUAGUAUAGGGUAAAAGCAUUGCAAACAUGAGUAUGGCAAAGGAUCCUAAUCUGGGUAUAAGACCCCUCUAGCAUCAUCAUAGGGUUUGAUUAUUAAUAAAUAUUGGAAUAGAAGAAAUGUUUUGAAACUCUGCCUCCUACUGAUCUCCUAAAUUGGCUAUAAUAUUGGCACACUUGAUCGCCUCCCUAUAGACACAGCUAAUUUAGGGAUAAGAUUAUUGAGUUGAUGACAAAGGUACGGCUGAUAUUAUAGGGAUUGAUUGACAAAUGCAUAGUUGGUGCUAUAGGGAUUGGCGACUUAUGAUCUCUUGCACCAUUUUUAAUUAUAAAACGUGCAAAUCUUUGGUUAUUCGCAUGAUCAAUUUGCUCUUUGUUAUGAGUUCUAUAAAAUUUCCUUCACAUACCUCAUGGUUAAUGACUUUUACAUCCCUGUUUUUAGGCAGUGAUUGCAAAAGAAAACAAAAAAAAAUGGAUGAUAAUGUGUUGUCACCUUCUUCCAAAAAACAAAAGCUUUCGGAAGAACAUAAUAUUGGUGAGGGCAUUGAUAUGAUGAGCAGCUUGCUGGAAAAUGUUCUCCAUCACAUCCUCUCAUUCCUCACAACCAAAGAGGCCAUACUAACAUCCAUAUUAUCAAGAAGAUGGCAAUAUUUAUGGACCUCUAUUUCCAACAUUGAUUUGAAUGAUAUGUCUUCUUGGUCUAACAGAAAGAAAGAUAAGGGCAAGAAGAAAGAUCGUUAUGCAAUGUGUAGGAGUUCCUUCUUGGAUUUUGUGGAAAGAGUUCUCCUUCUUCAUGAUGCUUCAGAUAUUAAAAGACUUCGUCUUAGGUUCACUGUGGUUGUGAAUUCAUCACGUCUUAAUUCAUGGAUCUCUGCUGCUGUAAGGCAUAAUGUUGAAGAGCCUGAUCUGUACCUACCUGUGCAAACCCGCUUUGUCUUGCCUUGUUUCCUUUUUACUUGUGAUUCCCUAGUUGUAUUGAAGUUAUUUAUGGACUGUCCUUUCAAGCCACCUAUUUUCAUUCACUUCUCAAACCUCAAGACCUUGCAUCUUUCUGCGGUUACAUUUUCAGAUGACAAUUCCACACAACAACUUUUCUUUAGUUGUCCAGUGCUUCAAGAGUUGGAAUUAUUGUAUUGUGGAUGGAAGAAUUUAAAGACUAUCACCAUUUCUAUUCCCACACUAAAGAGACUGGCUAUUGAAAAUGAACUAUUGCGGGACGAUGCACUCAGUUGUGUGACCAAAAUUUGUGCUGCAAAUCUCAUCUCGCUAAAAUGCACAACUAACCAGAAAGUUGACUUCCAUCUAUGUAACCUAUCUUCGGUAGUUGAAGCACAUAUUGACCUUCUAUAUAGAUUUUCAAUGCAGCAAGAAGUUGCCUCUUGUGCAAUCAACUUGGUUACUGGGAUUUGCAAUGUUGAAACUUUAACGAUAUCAAACAAUACCUUGUCUCUCAUGUGUGUUGAAAAUGUCUUGGAUCAUCUUCCUACAUUUGACAAUAUGAGCUGUUUGGAGCUGAAUGAAGAAUUUCCUGGUUGUUUAAACGGAGCUUUGAUGGUCUUACUUGAAAAAUCGCCAAAGCUAGAGUUUCUUGAUUUUGACAUGGGCUUCGAGCCAAAUGCUAGUUUCGAUGAGGUUGAUUUGAUAUUGGAAAGAGUACCUUCAUGUUUCACGUCUUGCCUCAAAACGAUUAGCAUCACAUGUUUUAAAGGGACGCCGGCAGAGUUUCAUAUGCUAAGAUUUUUGUUGAAGAAUGCAACCGUUUUGGAGGAGAUGCUGAUAUGCUGCUCAGGUAAUUCGCCAACAGAUACAAAUCCAGAGGAGCUUAGCUACACAUACAGAUGCUUCCUAGAGGCUCAGAAAACUGUGUUACGAAGUUGCUUUGAUACUUUUGUGAGACUUCCUAGGAAACUCUCAAUGUUUUACCAAAGAUUGUUUCAUGGUUGAGAAUUGGGUAAUAGAUAACUUUUAAUAAAGAGACUCCCAAUGAACAUGUUUUCUUUUUGUUUUGCUGUGGUAGAUGUCUGAACAAUCCAUAAUUCAGUUAUCUUGUUGCUUGCAGAGAAUAUUUAGCAUUCAAAUAUCUGAUUGAAUGUGAGAUUUUAACAAAUUCCUAA